CUGUAGUCGCCUGUCAGGAGCUUUGCAGCAGCGGGACGAAUGACGGCUCCGUUAGAGGAAGUUACUGGGUGCAGCUGUGCUAGAAUGUAACCUUAUACGAGUGGGGAACGUUAUCGGGGCACAGGAGAGGAAGGCAGCAGCAUUCAUGGAUAUUGUGGACACCUUUAACCAUUUGAUACCCAGUGACCAGUUGGAUGAGUCCUUAACAUUGAAUCAGAAUUUGGAAUGUGAAGCCAGUAAUGAGUUUGGGACAGGAUCCAAACUGGAAGACUCUCUAAAGAACAUGCUCAGUGACAAAGACCCCAUGUUUGGAUGUGCAAGCACUCAGUUCAAUCUGCUGGAAAAUGAAGAUCCUGCUUUUCACAUUGCUGGCUCAACAAGUCCGCGUAGGGAUUCAGAAUCUGCAGGCCUCUCUAAUGAACUGAAUGUUGCUGAGACCUCACAGGAUAAACAAAUCACUGGUAAGCAGAAGAAACACCCCAACAGUUUAGACUAUGAUCAUAGAGGUGUCAGACAGCCAAGGAUGUCCAAGAACACCUUAAUCAGAGGACGACCGGGAAGGAGACGCGGCAAAUGGCUCAGCAAGUCUUUUCUCAUUGAGAAAGGAGUUAGUGGCGCACAGCAGAAGAAAGAGUUGACUCUGGGGGGGCGCAUUAACAUCAGCGAUCUAGACAGUGGACUAUGGUUGAAUCCUACAGUCGAAUUGAGACGGCUCACCGUCACAAUUGGCGGAUUUAAAAUUGAGUUGCUUCCCGGGCCCUCAUACACGCACAACCUCGACACGGGUGAGCCGGUGUGCUUCGAGGACGGCUUCUCUUAUGGUGGCGACGUCGACAUGGCCAUUUUGCCAGAAGGUGCUGCCUGCAUACAGAAUCCAGUACAAGAAACCCCGGCUCCAGAAAAUGUGUCGCCCGUUGAUGUAACGGAGAAGAGCUUAUCUGAUGAUGCAAAUCUCGGUUUAGGCCCGUACGUAAACCCGAAUGACGUGCAGACGUCAAACGGGACAAUAAUAGAAACCGUCUCCACGCAGGAGACGAAAAACGAAGAUAAGAAGAUUCCAGUAAAAAAGAAAAGACCAUUCCACAAGGGAAAGGACGGUGUCAAACAUCCACUGAGCAUUCAGAAAGACAUAGCUGAUGAAGACAAGACUGAUGGUAAGGAAAAGCUUCGAACUGCAGCCAAAACACCAGUGAAGCCUAAACAAGGACCAGCACUGAAUAAGAACAAGGAGUUGGGUUCAUCCAAAACGAGCCACACGGAUAAGGAGCAUAAAGCGACCCAAGACAAGCCAUCCAAAACCAGAGAAGACCUGCACAAAAUGAAGUCUAUGAAGGACAAACAAGAUGCUUCUCCUUUGAAAAGGCACGUAGAGAACACGCACAGUGAGCCUGCUGCUAAAGUUCAGAAGCUGCACAGCGGAGGGGAAGACAAAAUGAAGCCAAAAUCACCAGGUACUCCCAGCUCGGCUGCAAAGAAGAUGCCUGUAGUGGCUAAUCGCGCUGGCGACCAUCAGGGAGCAGCUAGGCAAAAUAAUCCUCACAAUAUCGCAAAAGCUGAGCAUCACCACCAUCACCCAGGCAAUUCUCUAAAAACUCAAGAGGGAGGACAGGAGAAAGCCAAAAAGCCUGAAAAGACUUUCCAGAAACAAAAAAGCAGGAAUUCGAGGAGCAUCUCUUUGGAUGAGCCAGAGCUGUUUGUUCCAGAUAACGCCCCCCCUGCGAAGAAGGAAACGGUUGAGGAGCAGCCUGCUGAAACUGAGGGCGCCUGGGAUGGAAACAACUGCUGUGGGUUGUGUAAAAAACACCAUAAUAACAUGUUCAUGGUCGGAUGCGGCCGUUGUGAUGACUGGUUCCACGGCGACUGCGUCGGCCUCGACCUUGCCAAAGUGCGCGAGAUGGAGGAGGAGGACCAGAUGUAUGUGUGCUUAAAAUGCUGUGAGGAGGAAAGUAAGAAGGUGGAUCCUGAGCCCUCAGCAGAGCCCAAGCCAGAAGCUCAUGAAGUGCAGGAUCAUAAGCCGCCUCAAAAACCCCGUCCAGGGUCGUCCCAGCCGCUCGCGUCAGGGGGCGUCAGACCAGUAAGGAAGGAGGCGGAAAGGAGACAGUCCACAGAUGUCAAAGAAGCAGCUCAUAAAACAGGUAGUCUGUCCAAACACGAAUCUAAAAGCAAGGCUGCGUCUUUGACUUCGAAGAAGCCCGUGUCUGUGGAGGCAAUCAGGAAAAGUGUGCGUGAUUCCCUGAGAGAAAUUCUCACACAGAGGUUGAAGGAUUCGGAUCUAAACAUCCCAGAGGAGAGAGCCUCUGAGGUUGCCAAGAAGACUGAAAGAGAGCUGUUUCAACUUUAUAAAGACACUGACCUUAAAUACAAGAACAAGUACAGAAGCUUGAUGUUUAACCUAAAGGAUACAAAAAACAAUGUUCUGUUCAAAAGGGUUCUCAAUGGGGAAAUUUCUCCUGGUAACCUUAUUCGCAUGAGUCCGGAGGAGCUGGCCUCAAAAGAGUUGGCUGCCUGGCGACAGAGAGAGAACAGACACACUAUUGAGAUGAUUGAAAAGGAGCAAAGAGAGGUGGAAAGACGACCCAUUACUAAGAUUACCCACAAAGGUGAAAUUGAAAUCGAGAGCCAGGAGCCGAUGAAAGCACCGGAGCCUGCAGAGCUUGAGCCUCUCCCUAAAGUGACUGAAGAAGUACCAGAACCCCCCAAAGUCCCAGAAAGAAAAGAAGAGAAUACAAAGGUUGAGAAAGACACUACAAGUCAACACAAGUCUCACUUAUUCGAUCUGCAUUGCAAAAUCUGCACAGGUCGUAUGGCGCCCCCAGUGGAAGAGGCCCAAACCAAGGUGGCUAAAGUUGCAACCACAGUGGUGCGGAGGCAUUCAGCUAAAUCAGAGGAGGGGAAGAGCACGCCGCCGCCGCCUCCAGCUGACGACGACCUGCACCUCACCGUUUUGGAGGAGAGCUUCAGAAAUGCCAAAUCAGGCUUUGAAGCAAGGUCAGAUCACGUGGCUGGAAGAGACGAAGAAGCAGCUUUCCUUUCCAACUUGAAGACCCUGUGGCGAGGAUUCAUUCACAUGCACUCGGUGGCAAAACUUGUGACAAAAGCUUUUCCCGUCUCAGGCAUUUUGGACAACUUGUCGGAGGACCUUCCAGACAGCAUCCAGGUUGGUGGAAGGAUAAGUCCUCAAACAGUCUGGGACUAUUUAGAGAAGAUUCGGGCAACUGGGACAAAAGAGGUGUGCCUGGUUCGUUUCUCCCCGGAGACAGAAGAAGAUGAGAUCUCCUAUACUCUUCUUUAUGCCUACUUCAGCAGCCGUAGGCGUUUUGGGGUCGUAUCCAAUAACCUGCGACAAGUGAAGGAUAUGUAUCUCAUUCCUCUUGGUGCCACAGAAAAAGUUCCUCAUCAGCUUGUUCCCUUUGACGGGCCAGGUUUGGAAAGCAGCCGUUCCAACCUCCUCCUUGGACUCAUCAUUCGCCAGAGACCAAAAAGAGAUUUCCUCACUGUGGACGUGAAUGAAUCUACGAUAAUUGUACCAGAAACCAAGCCCAUCGCAGUUACCACGAAAGUCACAAGAACCACUGAGGAGGAGGAAAAAUUGUUCCUGUCUUCUCUGACCGCUCCUCUCAAAAAAGAGGUGGAAAAACCCCUCGAUACUAACGAAGACGAGCCUGUUGCCGAUUCCUCCGAAGAACCGGCUGCGACAGAGGAGCCGGGGAACCAGGAGGCACAAAAGCCGCUUCGCUUUCUUCCAGGUGUGUUAGUGGGAUGGGGAGGGGAAUUACCUCCUCUGCCAGAUGUCGGAGAUAAACCCGCGACAACAGGACACGACACCCCGAAGACCAAGCCUGCUCCCAAAACAGAUGCAUCAGCCGGUGACUCAAAGGGUCCGACAGCUGGUGCCUCUUCUCGUUUUCUCAUCAGGAAGAAAGAAACUAAACCUGUUAGAGCUGAACCGGAGCCGCCGUGUCCGUCUAACGCGUCUGCUUCCAACACCUCCUCGGGAAAAGUCUCUCCUGUUGUGGUCCAUCACACAUCAAUCACACUGAAGGAUAAGCCCCCAGAUGUAUCGACUGAAGCGUUCCUGGUGAGCAUGUCGGCAUAUCCGAGUGGCACUGAAACCGCCGGUUCUGCAUCAGCAAACAAAGGCAGCUCUGGCCCAUUGUCUGAAUCUGAAAGGGAAACAAGUGAAGGGAAUUUGCCGCUGCAGUCAGAAUCCCAGGCUACUGCAGAUCACACAAACAGCUCAAAAGCUCCUUUAAGUGGAAUACUGAAAAAAUCUUCAGCGUAUUCCUCAGAGAACGUAGAUAAAACAAUGGUGCUACAAAAGGAUAAAGCCUGCCUUCCUGAUGUUUCAGGUCCUAAACCAGUCCCUGUGUCAAGCAGUAUUAAAAAGGAUCCACUGUUACCAUUUCACCAAGGAUAUUUGCAGCUCUCACAGGCCAGGCACAAGCUGGAAGAAAUAAAUCAAACCACUUGUAAAUCAUUUCCCAGUAAGGAUGAUCCUAGCCCGAGUCAUCCUGGUGCUGCAGUUAGUCAAAAUCCGAAUCCUCCCGAAGCCCAAGGACAUCAAGAAUUGUCAAACACAGAAGCCUCUGAGCCAGUCUCUGACAGCUGUAACAACUUAGGUGCCACGACUUCUAAUACUAUGUCCAACUUGAACACAGAAGACCAGAAUGUUAAUAUGCAGGGAGAUCAGGACGGCACUUCAGAGGCCCUUCCUCCGCAUCCCGAAAGCCUUUCAGAGCCGUCCAGCCAUAUACCGCCCGGGGCCAGAGACCAGAAACUUCUAAACGAGCGCUACACAGACCCCUGGGAGAGGCCGCGAAACACCGAAGACAGAGACCACUACGGGAGGCACAGCUACCACAAGGACUCGUACCAUGAGAAAAAGAGCCGGCACCACGACAGGGAGAAAAGGUACGGCGACGACGACAAGUACAGGGAGAGGAGCAGGCACCACGGCCACUCAGAAGACCGCCACGGCGAGAGGAGGAAAGAGAGGCAUCACAGCAACGACUACAGCGGCCAUCACAAGGACAGACACAGGCACAGGCGGGACUCUGACUACGAGAACGGACGUAGAAAUUCUAAAGACAGCUACUCGUCGUAAUACUGUUGCUUUGUUUUUUUGUUUUAAAAUCCUGCCUAAAGAGUGUUUUGAGCUCUUGAGGACUUGAUGCAUCUUGAUCACAUGGCUGGUACAUGCCACUUUUCUACACUGGCAAUUGAUAAAAUUAUUUUAUACAAGAGUGAAGUUCCAUUUUAUGUUAUUAAUGGUGCAGCCAAAUGAGAUCCCAGCUGUUUUUUUUGUGUUUUUUAAUUCAGACCAACAAAAGAAUACUGGAAUGGUUUAACGAUUUAUCUCUUCUGUAUCUUGUUUAUAUUAUGCUGCUGUACUAUCAGUCUCCCGGUCACAUGCAACAAUGUGGGCGAACGGAGAACAUAAGAUGAGCUCCACAUUUUAGCUUGAAUGUUUAACACGAUAUUUAAUUACGGAAAAUCUAAACAGCAGCUUUGUGCUUCAUUUCCUAUUUUAAUUUCUUUUUAACUGCUUCGAUGUUUUAUAAGCUUUCGGUUGAGAAAGUGUGUACAUUUUGGCUUGUAAAAUACACUAGAGAUGUGUGCCUUUGCACCGUGUGUUUAUGUACAGUUCAUAAUAAAACUAAUCCUUUUGUAUUGGUA